AAAAAAUCAUUUGUCUUAUUAAGGCUAUAGUUUUUGCCGCAAUCUCUUUAUAGGCUAUUCUACUUAAGAACAUUUGAUAGCAGUACUUUCUUCUCUGCGAUAAAACGUUUUACGGUUGCAGUAAAAUGCAUUUUACAACGAUAAUUAAAUUCGCAACGCUAUUUUUCUAUUCUAACAUCAAAGGCUUGACAGGUCACUUGAAAGAUCUAGGCGAGUCGGCUAGAAAUUGGAAUCAUGUGAUGAUGAGCAUGGAAAAGAGGAUAGUCGGUGGCUCUGAAGCGCAUCUCGACCAGUACCCUUACAAUGUACAGUUUUAUAAUCUCGGCGGACUCUGCGGCGGUUCCAUUCUCACUAAGAAAAUAGUACUAACAGCCGCCCACUGUUUCGACUCAAACAAAAAUUUGGCAGAUAUGAAAAUAUUUUCAAAACCGCGUUACCUGUUCGAUCUCCACGCAAAUAGUCAUGAUAUAUGGGAUUUUCGUAUCCACGAGGACUAUGGGAUGGAAUCUGUUUUCGAUAACGACAUCGCCGUUAUCAUAAUUCACAACGAGUUCGUCUUCGGUAAACAAGUUCGAAAUAUUAAAAUAAUUAAUAAUCAGCAUUGGGAAAAAGAAAACGAGACCUUCACUGUCACUGGAUGGGGGGAAACUAAGUAUGGGGAUGGCAUUGAUAAAACGGUUUUUAGACAGGUUAAACUGCGUUACAUUAGCAAAGAGAUGUGUAUGAAAAUGAACCAAAUCACUCUGGACACUGAGAUGUUUUGUCUUUAUGGGGAUGGAAAGAGAGAUUCCUGUAGAGGUGACUCAGGAGGCGGGGUGCUGUGGAAGGGACAAUUGGUUGGUAUCGUGUCCCACGGCAAGGGAUGUGGUGGUUUGCCGGGUGUGUAUACCAACGUCUUCUAUUACAAGUCCUGGAUCGGAAAGAAUAUUGGGGAACUUUAUAUGAAAUAUUGUGGCUUUUUGAUAGUAAUCUAUAAUUUAUUAACUUUCGUUUUCAAGUAUGUAUCACCAAUUAUGUUCAAGUUAGUAAUAUAUAAAUGUGUUCUCUUAUAUUUUCAUAUAAUAUUAUCGCGUUCGAUCUGUGUAGGUACGAGGGAUGUGUUAAAUGAAGUAGAAGGCAGAAUAAUUGGCGGUCGACCGAUACCUAUAGAGAUCUCGCCAUUCUCGGUGCUCUUUUUUAAUUUCAAAUCUCUCUGUUCCGGUGUCAUCAUUAACAGCUUUGUUAUACUUACGGCAGCGCACUGCUUUAAUUCAAACACUAACAAACAUCACAUGCGCAUUGAAAUAAAUUGUCGUUAUUUGUUUGAUAUCAAUGCUGAAACAUUUAGAGUUGCCGAUUUUAUUAUACACGAAGAUUUUAAUAAAGUUAUACCUUUUGAAGCCGACCUUGCGUUGAUUAUGGUUACGGCCAAAAUGCUUCUGGAUAGACGGAAGCAGAAAGCUUUAUUAAUGAAAAACGAUGACUGGAUGAACGAGAAGGCUAACGUCAGCGCCUCUGGUUGGGGUUGGACCGAGUACGGCGGCGGAGUAUCCGAGCUGGGUUUAAUGCGGACGUAUUUGGGGUACGUGUCUAGACGGCGAUGCGAGAGUCUGCAUAGUUUGCGGCUCACGGAGGACAUGUUCUGUUUGUACGGGAAUGGGGUGAGGGAUACUUGUCUGGGAGACUCCGGGGGAGGCGUUACUGUGAAUGGAACGGUGGUAGGCAUCGUAUCUCAUGGAGAUGGUUGUGCAAAAAAAGAUAAGCCGAGCGUGUAUAUAAGCGUUGCUUAUCACAGGAAAUGGAUCGAAAAGAAAAAUCUCGAGUUAUUAAGAAAAAAUUGCUUUAAAACUUUAUAAUGUAUUAAUGAUUAAAUUUAAGUGUUUAUAAGUAUAACUUUUAACUGACUUUGGCUUAAAUAGCAUUAGAAGCAUUUUUCAAUAUAUGUACAUACUUUCAUCUAUCUAUAGCCUUCAGGCUUAAAGUUAACGCAAUGAAUAAGGUUUUGUAUGUUAAUAUAAUAUUAAUUUAAAUAAAAAUCCUCAUUAUAUUUCAUAA